CCUAGUUGAAACGCUGUUUGUUUCUCUUCAAUUUGAAUUUCCAACGAGUCUUCAACAAUCAUCUCAGCCUCCCACGGAAACCAUCGCGCCAAAGUGAGUGACCAUGAGCUGGGCGGUGGAGGAGUGGAAGGAUGGACUUCCAGGGAAGGCCCUGCAGAAGAUCCAAGAGAUGGAAGUCCAGCUGGACAAAUUGAAGAAGGAGAGAACUCAAAAACAGUUUCAACUUGACUCCCUGGAGGCUGCCCUGCAGAAGCAGAAACAAAAGGUGGACAGUGAACGCAAUGAGGCAUCUGCUUUGAAAAGAGAGAACCAGUCUUUAGUCGAGUCGUGUGACUCUGUAGAGAAAGCUCGACAAAAGGUUUUACAUGAUUUGGGGGUCAAAGAGCAGCAAGUGAGAUAUCUGGAGGGCCAGCUCAACACUUGCAAGAAGACCAUUGAGCGACUUGAGCAGGAGCUAAAAAAGUAUAAAAAUGAACUGGAUCGUUCUCAGCCAGCGGGCUCGUCCUCCUUGUCGUGCUCUUCAGAGCUGCAGCCAUUUGCUACUCCGCAAAAGACUUUCCUCACUCCAGUUUCAGUUUACAAACAGCAAGAUAACAGAUUGGAGGAUCUUCAAGAAAAAUACAACCAGGAAGUAGAAGACAGAAAAAGGCUGGAGAAUGAGCUCGCAGCCCUGCAGGUCAAACUGUUGAAUCAGUCGUCAAACAGCGUGAGCCACAAAGACAUUGCCGCUCGCCAAGCCGGGUCUUCUAUAUUCCCGUGGCAACAGCAAGAUCAGGGUCAUGCUCGACAGUCUCAGGAAAUCACACAAACGCCUCUUAAGAGGCGAGGUGCGUCAUUUUGGGAUGCUCACGAGGAAACGCCCAUCAAACCCAGCCAGCGGAUGAGCUGUACCAGAACGGCCCCGAGCCCCGGCGGAUCCCAACAGAUGGAGCAGUUAAAAAUGCUAAAUCAAGAGCUGCGUGGUCGUGUGUCAGAACUGGAGAGGACCUUGUCCGGUCACGAGAGAGAACUUAGUAGCCAGACUACUAAGCUGCAGGACCUUCAAGUCCAGCUGUCCCAGGCUCGCAAAGACCUGACUGAACGGGACCGAGACUUGGCCAAGACGAGUCAUGAGCUGCGUCAGACCACGGACAGACAUCAGCAGCUUGAGGUCAAGUGUUCUUCAGUGGAGCAGAAGCUGAAGCAAGUUACAGAAGAGAUGAGCUGCCAGAGACACAAUGCCGAGAGCUGCAGGCGAGCCCUGGAACAGAAAGUCAAAGACCAGGAAAGAGAGAGCCAGAAGGAGUUAGCCCAGCUGCAAAGAUCCAAUCAGACUUUACAGCAACAAAUGGAGCAGACCAGGACUAAGUUAACACAAGAAAUCCAACAGUCCAAAAAAGACAACAACAUACUUCAGGCUGAUUUCGAGAAGCUGUGUUCUCAGAAGAGUCAGCUGGAGAGGGAGCUAGAGGAGCAGAAACAGAAGCUACUGCGUUUACAGCAGAGCCAGCAGGCCAGCCAGAUCAAAGAGGAGGACCUCCGCAAGAAACUAGAGGAGCACCAGAGAGAGAAGAAUAGCAUCUCUGUCCAGUUGGACCAGAGCAACAGGCGCUUGUCACAACUGGAGGAUGAGAAAAAGACCUCGGAACAAAGUGUCAAACGCACGCAAAGCCUUUUGGAUGACAUCAAAGCAAAAUGUGAAAGUCAACAAGAAGAGCUGAAGAGAAUUAAGCUCAAACUGGAGCAGCAAUCUCAAGCGUCUACAACGGAGCUGGAAAACCUACGGAAGACGCUGUCUGACGCCGAGACCAAAACUGAACGGUCCCAGAAGGAAUUGCAGAAACAUAAGCAAGAGGCGGAGCAAUUGAACAACAAGUUAACAGAGGCUACGAAAGAAAGUCAAGAGUUGAAAAAAAGCCUCAGUGCGAGUCAUGAUGAGUGCAAGCAGAUGACACAAAAGCAUGAAACUCUGCUGGAAUGGAAGAAUGAGAAAGAUACUCUGAUCAACAAUGCAGAAGCCAUGCAAAAGGAACUCGUUGACAAAAUCACCUCGUUAGAAAAGAGUCUGAGCUCACAGAAGGAAGCUAAUGAAGAAUUGAAGCAACAGCUGAGGCAUGCAGAAGAGGAACAAGCCAAGCUGUUGGCACACAUCGAUAGCCUGAAGGGAGAACUACUCAUCAGGAGUACAGAGCUCUUGGAGAGGGAGCAUCAGUACAAGCAGCUUCAAGCUAAAUCCUCCGAAGCUGAACAAAAACACAUCAAAGAUCUGGAAAACGUUGCCGCACGGGUGACACAGCUAGAAACACAGAUCAAAGAUCUGGAGUCACAGCUGAAAAGAGAAAUUGGCCGAGCGGAGCUAGCUGAGAAAAGUGUCACUCAGCUGCAGGACGAGCAACGCACGGCCUCCGACCUAGUGCGCUCCAAAGAACAGCUGAUUGAACUCGGCCAAGCUGAACUACAGCAGUUGAGGGAGUCUCUCACUCAGGCCAAUGCGGAGCAGCAAGAGAGAAAUUUAAGAUUUUCAGAGGAAAAGGCAGCUGUAUUGAGACAGUCUGAGGAAACCAUUGCGGUCAAGGCAGAGGAGGUGACACAAAUCAAGCUCCAGUUGGAAGAAACUCAAAAAGAGCUCCAAAUCAGCAACAAGCAGAUCAGCAUUCUUGAUGAGUUGGUGAUUGAAUGUGAAGCUGAGCAGAAGGAACAAAACAAAAAGAUGUCCCAGCGUGAGGAAGAACAUAAAACGCUGGUUGCGGAGAAGGCACACAAGCUGCAACAGCUCGAGAAAGAGCUGAAGGAGGUCUGUGCCCAAGUGACAGAGAAAGAGAGGCUGCUCGGGGAAGACGAGGCUCGGCUUUUGUCUCUGGAGAAACAAAAUGAAGACCUGGAGAGUGCCCUUCAACAGAGAGUGAAAGAAAUGAAGCUUCUCAAAGACACAAAUGCUGAGGAGAUAAGCAAGCUGAAGGAGCAAAUAUCUUCACUAAAGGAUGAGGCAUCCAGAAAUAAAAAUGCAGCUGAGAAACUGCCAGAGCUGAAGAGUGAACUUGAAGCAGUCAACCGCUUACAUGUCGACCUGAAAAAGCACGUGGAGACCCUUGAAAAGAACCUCUCCUUCAUAACAGAAGUCAAAAGCAACUUGGAGAACACUUUGGCCGAAAAAGCAAGCCUGAUUUCGUAUUUGGAAAAAUUAGUUACGGAGCUCGCUAAGAAAUGUAGCCAGCUGUCUGAGAGUCAAGCUUUGGAGGCUCAAAAUUUCCUCAACAAGGAAAAGAAUCUCAGAGAGCAGUGUGAAGCCGCCGAGAAAGCCUUGAGCGACAUCAAAGCCAAAUCAAGUCAUGUCCGAGCAGAAGUGCAGAGCAUGAAGGCAACUCUCUUGGCGGCCUCACAAGGUUUGGAGGAACGAGACGCCAGCAUCAAGAGCCUGAAGGAGAAGCUCAACUGUGCAGAAGUGGAACAUGCGAAAACUACCGAGAUCCUCAAAGAGAAGAUGGUUUCCAUGAACAAAAUAAAGGUACAGCUUGAGAUGCUUCAGAUGGACCUGGAAGACAAUGAAACUAAUGUCAACUCUUAUGAAAGUCAAAUUGAGGCUUUAAAGGAGAGCAUCCAGUCACUGGAGUCCGUUGUAGCUCAGAACCAAACAACGAUGUCUGACAUGGUAGUCCGACUAGAAGAGAGCAAAUCCCAGGUAUCCGUUUUGGAAGCACGGCUGGAUGAAGUCCAGUCUCAGAACUCCACGCUGGAGAGCAUGUAUCUGACAGCCAGAGAGGAACUGACAGAGAGGAGUGGCGAAAUAACUCGCCUGGAAGAAGAUGCUCUCAAAUACAGUCAUUUGGAAGAGGACGUCACCACUUUGACCGCUGAAGUCGCUACUCUAAACCAGAUCAUCAAAGAUAAAGAAGAUCAUGACAAGGUGUCACUAGAAGAGAAAAACAACCUCGAGGCAACUCUGAAGCAAUUAGAAAAUGACAAAGAUCAAUUACAAGCUAACAUGAGCGUGCUGAAUAUUGAGAACCAGAAGUUGGAAUCCAAGCUCGGCACGGUAGCCGAGGAGAAUCAAAACCUGAAAACCGACUUGAAGGUGUUAACCGAGGAAAAGCAGCAAGCGGAGGUACAAUGGCAACUCUUGAUUGCGAAGAGAGAAAACAUGGAGUCAACACUGAAGCGGCUUACUGAAGAGAAAUCCCAGCUUCUCGCCACUCUUGAGCUCCAGACAUCACAACUUGGUGAGCUGGGAAUCAAGCUGAAUGAAGCAGUGGAGAACAAACUUCAUCUUGAAGAAAGCAAUAAUCAACUGCUGGAAAAGAAUACAUUGCUGCAAUCCCGUGAAACCCAGCUGAUGGAAGAGACGGAAAAAUCAAAAGCAAGCUUAAAAAUGCGAGAGGACGAGGUGGCUUCUCUGCAUGCGGAAAAGGAACGAAUCCAAAACAUCCUUCAAACAUCUGAAGAAGAAUGCCACAGGCUGAAAGAUCAACUUGAAAUGACAGUGAAGCAGAUUGAGGAGAACAAAGACAGGAACCAGCAGUUUGAAACAGAGCAGGCUGAACUGCAUCACAAGUUGUCGUGCUUACAACAAGAACUGAGCGUCUUUAAGCAGCAGUACGACUUGCUGCAGAAGCAGGUGGGCCAACAGCACCUUCUCAUACAGGAGCUCUCACAAGUGCAGGACCAACAGGGUACACAAGAUAUGUUGAAUUCCACACAACCUGAAAAGACCGAUAUCAGCGAAGCAGAAAGUGCCAUUGAUGCUGAACCAGAAUUAGAUUCUUUAACAGAGUCCAACACAGAGGAACACUCAGUCCAACCUGAUGAGACCCCCAUAUGUGAUGACAUUUCAACUACACAAAAACACACCAUUAUUAGUCAAACGGAACCACUCCUCAUGUCGGAUUUUAUCAAACCAGAGAGAAUUGUUGAACAUACGAAAGAAGAUGGAGAUGCAUGCAGCAAGGAUGGACACGAGAUGAAGGCGAUUAAUGAGCAACUAUUUGAUCAGUUUCAUGAGGAGAACACAGCCGACAGCAUCAUUGAAAUGGCAGAGACGAUGGAGUUACAAACAAGUGCAGAGACUGAGCCUAAGCAGUCACAGGAGGACAAAGAAACCCCUUCAAAUCAUGAAGUGCAGGUCCGCGGCCUGCUCGAAGAGAUUGACCUGCUCACCUCUGACCUUGCACUGAGGAAGGAGUUGACCUCAGAUCUUCAAGUGCAAGUUCAAAACUUGGAGCUGAAAGUUGAUGCGGCACAAGAAGAAGCACGUAGCUCUGCAAAUAAGCUGAAUAAUAUUCUGAAGGAGAAGGAAAACCUCUCUGAUCAGUUGUCUCAGCUGUCAGAAGACAGGGAAAACGUAACACUGCAGCUCCAAACAGCUAGAUGCCAGCUAACAGAUGUCAUGGAGAUGAUGGAGGGUCUAGAAAUGGCCAAAGGCGGAUGGGAUGAAAAGUUCCUCCAGCAGGAAAGCGAGUUGAAGCGGGUUCGCUCCGAGAAAGCCAAUUUGGAGCAACACAUCCUGGGCAUGGAGUGUGAACUGGAGGCCUUGCAGGAGGGUCGGAUCAAGCUGGAGGACCAGCUGGAAACACAGAGAAGAACAUGCUCAGGUUUGGAGCAGCAAAUAGAAAUGCUCUCCUCUGAGACAAUUCAGCUGAGAUCCGAGCUGGUUUCGUGCACUGAGGAACGACAGGAGCUGAGUCUGGCUGCGGGCCAGUGGCGAGAGAAGGUUGAUGGGCUGGAGAAGACUAACUGUGACACACGGUCUUUAAUUUCCAUCCUGGAGGAGGACAUUAGAGCAGGAAAAAUGGAAAAUGAAACCCUAAAAGGCAACAUAUAUAAAAUGGCGACAGAGAGGCAACAGCUGUUGGAUCAGAUGAAGGUGUUAGAAGAAGCUGUGUCCCAGCAGAAUGGAGAGAAAGAGCAACUGAUUGGGCAGCUUGACAAGAUUAAGCAAGAUCACACGUCUAGUAAUCAAAACACAGAGUCCAUGUUCAGCAAAAUCCAGGCUUUGGAAGGUGAAGUGCAGCAGUUGACGCAGUCUUUGGAGUCUUCUCUACUGGAAAAGGGAGAAAUCGCCUCUCGUCUGAACUCCACACAGGACGAAGUCCAGCAGAUGCGGAGCGGCAUCGAAAAACUACGCGUCCGCAUUGAAUCUGACGAAAGAAAGAAGCAGCAGAUGGGCGAACUCCUUAAAGAUGCUCAGAGGAAAUCUGAGUCACUGCAAGAUCGCAUGGAGGCUCUGCAGCGAGAGAAAGAGGAUAUAGAGCAAGACAUGGAGGAAGCUGUCCUUCAGGCGGAGACCAUGAAAGCUGAACUGGAGGAAGAAAGGAUUAAGGUGGACGAUGAGAAGAAAGCUCUUGGCGAGGAGCUCUUAAAGCUUUCCACCAGUCUGGACAACCUGAGAUCUGAGAAAGAGCAACUUGAGCGAGAGCUGCAAUUGAAAAACCGACAGCUGGAGGAGCUGAAGGCUGCUAAGGAGGAGCUAGAGCGAGGGCUGGAGAGGGCAGAGAUGGACCGCAGAGAAGAGCAGGAAAGGCAGCGAUGCAGGGUAGAGGAGUUGGAGGAAAAGAGCGCAGAUAUGGAAAGAGAGUGUGAGAGGAUGACAAGCCUACUAGAGGAAAAUAAACAUCUACAGAACUCAGUCGAUGAGUGGAAGAUGAAUGGAGAGGAGUGGCAUGAGCUGAAAAACAGUUUGAUGACUCGCAUUGAGGGUUUGGAGGAAGAAAUUGCAAAAGCCAAAGAAGCAGAUAACAAGGAACAGAUAGAAAGAGAAAACAGACAAUUGCUAGAAGAAAAAGAAAGACUAGAACAGGAGAACAAGAAACUCUAUUCUGACAAAGAAGAGCAAUCGGCACUGAAGCAGGAGAUUAAGAUGCUUCAGACGGCCUUGUCAAUGGCGGAAGACGAGAAGAAUAAGUUGUCCAUGGCUUUUUCUGAACUGGAGCAAAAGAGGCAAAGAGCUGAAGAAGACAAGGAAAAACUGUUAAAAGAGCAACACAGUCUUCAGUCAACAAUUGCCUCUUUGGAGGAGAAGUUGGAAAUGCAGCAGCGCUCCGUCACGAAGCUCAAUGAGCAGGUGUCCGAGCUGUCGUCUCGUAUCGCUUCCGUGUCUAAAGAGAGAGACGCCGCCUCCAGCAAAUUGAACCUUUGGAUGAAGACUUGCAAGCAGCUGGAGCAAGAAAAAGAGCACUUACUGAGCAGCUCAGAUGGGCUGUGCGAAGAGAUGAGGACGAAAGAGGUGGAGGAGCUUAAGUCAUCCCUUAAUGAGGCAAAAGUGGAGUGUAUGGAAAAGAGCAAAGAGGUGGAGGAGCUCAAGGCUUCCUUGGAAGCAUGCAGCAGAGCUCUGGAUGAAGUGAAAGGCGAACUCCAAGAGGUCAACCAGCUGGUGGAGGAGAAGACGAAGGAAGCGGACGACACCAUGAACAAAUACUGCAGCUUGAUGUUGGACGUGCACAAGCUGGAGGAAGCCAACGAAACACUGACGAUCAGACUGGAGCAUCUGACUGCCAGCAAAACAGCCAAGAAAGACCCUGCCCACGGUCGCAGACGCUCGGCGAGGACCUCUUCCAAACACCUGGAUGUCGAAACCGAGAACACUGCUCCUUCUACUCCUCAGGGUUCUCCGCAGGGCUCCACUCCCGGGAAGCGGAGCCGUAAACAAAUAAGCGAUAAGGACAGCGCCCAGGAGGCUCUUUACAACCUCACUAAGAAGAUCAGAGCUAACACUGUGACCACACCUAAACCAAGAAGUGAACAAGAGGAUGACUUCAGGCCCGAGGGGCUUCCAGAGCUGGUACAGAGAGGCUUUGCUGACAUUCCUUUGGGGGAGGCCAGCCCCUUCAUCAUGAGGCGAACCACUGUGAAGCGCUGCAGUCCUCGACUGGCUGCCAGACAGACAGCAGACGCUAAGGUUUUGCUUCCUUUACUCCAGCAAAGUCCGUCCUCGGCGGACAAGUGCGAGGAAGCGGCCGCUUGUCCUUCUCAAGAAUCAAAAGAGCAGGGAGACUGUCACGUUCAGUAAACAGCACAAAACACACGGCAUUGUCGUUUAACAGUACAUUUAUACUCCACUGUUUAAACACUGUUUAGUCUUUCAGAUUUUGCCAGGUAGUUAGCAACAUGUCACAUUGUUUUUGGUUGUUGGGUCUUAAAAAUGAACACCAUGGACAUGAAAAUGUUUUAUUUUGAAAUGAUACUCACUAGCUGUAAUUGAUGGUUAUUGAUGUCCAUUUUUAAUUUUGAGGGCUCAAACAAAAUGGAUAGGACAUCUAUCUCCGUCAAUGGUCAUGAAUGAGGUAAUAUCCAGUAUUAAUAUUCUCAACGUUUUAGAAAACGACCAAACUUCUGUGCUUUAAACUAUUUUUUCCACUUCUGUCUUUCAGUUUGUUAUGCAUUGUAUAUAUUUCAUUGUCCACUUGGCUGUUCUUUGCACAGCGUAGAUGACAUUGUUGCCUAAAAUCUGUUGUCCCAGCACCUACUUUCCUUCUAACGGCAGCUACCUUUAAAUGUUUGCUUUCAGUUUUGCUAACAUUGCUUCACCUUUUUUAUAGACCACUGACAUUUGAAUCGGAAAUUUGUUUUGCGUUAUUUUUUACUCAUACGCUUUGUUCAAGAAAUUUUAGGUUUAGGUGUAUGAGGUUAUCGAUUGUUGUAAAUGCCUUUUUUUUUCACCCAUUUUUACUAAAGUUUU